ACAGCCGCCUCCGGACCUGCGCAGAACAUGAAGACCCUGGGGAACACUUAUCAGUUCGAGGUGGAUGUCCGAGAUUUCUCUCCGGAAGACAUCAUCGUCACCACAUCCAACAACCAGAUCGAGGUCCACGCUGAGAAACUCGCCUCCGACGGGACCAUCAUGAACACCUUCACCCACAAGUGCCAACUCCCCGAGGACGUGGACCCAACCACGGUGACCUCCGCCUUGGGCGAGGGAGGACUGCUGAUCGUCAAGGCCGAGAGGGUCCCGGCCAAGCACACGGACCACCAGACGUUCCGGACUGAGAUCAAAAUCUGAAAUCCCGAUGCGGAUCGUCGAGGAGGCGCUGGGUGCCAAGAUGGUGGCUCCAUGGGCUCAGAAUUAAAGGAUGCCCUCCC